AUGUCCAAUUUCUGGCAAUACUCAAAUAAAAAUGGCUUUGAUUUGACUCGACAGAAUAAUCAUCAAGCUUGUUCUCCCAUUUGUUUUGAAACAACGACUACACCGAUUAUUAUUGAUCCAGCACGUUCUGCUUUAAUUAUUAUCGAUAUGCAAAACUGUUUUCUGCACCCAGCUUUAAUGCCACAUGAGACAGGACUUAUCGCGUCAGAGCAAUUGCUUAAGUACGCUAUUCCUGCUGCACGAAAAGCAGGCAUUCAAAUUCUCUGGCUCAAUUGGGGUUUGACAGACGAAGACAUAGAUCAAGCACCUCCAGCACUCAAACGAUUGUUUGCAUACGACUGUAUAAACUCAUCAGAAAAUGUGCCGGCGAAAUCAAACAAAAUUUACAAAGGCUUUGGAACUAGUAUAGGCGAAGUUACAUUGCCUAAUGGAGAUCAUGUGGAUGGUGGAAGAUUAUUGAUGCGUGAUACUUGGAACGCUAAACUUUAUGAUCCACUUUUUCAAAGUUACAAAAGUAGCCAGAGCACUGCGAAGCCUGAUAAAUGUUUUCACAAAAAUCGUCCAUCCGGUUUGUGGGCCCAUAAUUCUCCACUGCUCUCUUAUCUUCAUGAUAAUAAAAUCAUUACACUCUUCUUUGCCGGUGUCAAUACUGACCAAUGCGUUUCAGGCACAUUGCAAGAUGCAUUUAACAAAGGUUUUGAUUGUAUUCUGCUUCGUGAUGGAUGUGGUACAACAAGUCCAUCAUUUGCUACAGAAUGUAUUGAAUACAAUUGUGCUCUAGGAGUUGGAUUUAUCAUGACAACUGAGGCAUUUGAUGAAGGAAUUAAAGCCUCUCAACAUUGA